AUGUCUAUCCACAAUGCCUCAAGCGACAGCGAGGACAUCUACCGUGGCGAUCCGCCCCCUCCCCCGCAUAUCCACCCCGAGCCCGCUCUAUCCCUUUCGUCACAUUCCUCAUCCACCUCUUCGUCUUCGUCCUCUUUUCUCCCCGGCGGUCGAAUAGGAGCAAUUGCCGCCAAACUUGAGCUUGCAAUAACGAGAUGGGCAAGAAAUGUCAGAGGCAACUCCUCUGCGGCGUCGAGCUCCUCGAGCUCAUCCUCUUCGUCGUCUUCUUCGCGCGAUUCGGACCUCACACUCACUCGAUCGCAACUCGCGCGGCGUCGGAGGCGACGUCCCAGUGUCUCCUCCCUGCGCACAUUGCAGUCUGAGCGCGACAUUGCUGCCAGGAUAACACGCAUGAAGGCCCUGCAAGAAUCCAGGCAGACCACACGGGAGUUUACUCUCUACCUGCCCCCUUUCAUCGCCCCGGUUUCCCAGAAACACCCCUCGCUUCACAUGGGCGCUACUAACAUGGAGGCACGGGAUCUCCGCGUCACCUCCACCACCUCGUUGCAGCUGCUCCUCAACCAGCUGGAGUUCGCCAUCCGCAAGUCUGGCAAGCAACGUCGAACCCGUCAGAAGCAACGAGGUGCACCAGGGACACAGUCACCACGCGGCGCAUCGCCUUUCUUCUCUAGCCAAGGCUUCUCAGACAACCGUUUGCCUGAUGUCCAAUCCAAGCCCGGUUCUGCGGCAAGGAGGGGUCGGAAAGGGAAGCAUCGAGAGAAUGGUCAUCCGAAGCCAACAACUAUCCAAGAAGAACCGCAAGCGAAGCCUCAGGCAUGGUUUCUUGAUGUCGCCAAUCCCACUUGGGCGGAUUUGCGCGCCAUUGGAAAGUUGCUGCAUAUUCAUCCAUUGACGCUGGAAGAUAUACUCCAGCAAGAUCCUCGCGAGAAGCUCGAACUCUUCAGCAAGCUGGGAUAUUACUUUAUUGCUUUUCGGGCAAUAGAGAACCAAGUCACUCGAGAGAAGAUUCUUCGGGAGGCAGGUCUCACAGACCUUUCUGGAUCAAAUCUGGAAGAGGGUUCCCUUGGAGAGGCUAAUAUCUCAAAACUCACCCCAAGCAAGUUCCACUUCACAGAUGUUUCUGAGCACAUCGACCGGGUGCGGAAUAGGAUUGCGUUGUUGGACGAGGCUGCCAACAUAUCAUCGGAUUGGAUUGCACAUGGAAUUCUGGACUCCGUCGUUGACUCUUUCUUCCCCCACCUCGAUGAAAUCGAGAAAGAAGUUAUAGCAAUCGACCAUAUCGUCUAUAACGGAUCUGCAGAUAUUUCUCAACUCCCUCCUUCUGUUGAGGUGGUUAAUCUUUCCUCAUCUGACGCUGACAAGACACCGUCAAGAGAAUUUACUCCAUCGUCGAAGGACGAAGGGUCGUCUGGCCCUACCGUUGUCGCUCAGCCGAACGAAAAAUUGAAUGAGAAAUACUACACACCUGCAGAGCAGAUAAGGGAGUCUUUCAGGCCCCGGUUCGCCUCUCCCCAACUGACGGUCCCACUGCUGUUCCGUCAUGCCAAGAGACGCAUCAGUACGACCUGGAAAGGCUACUGGGAAAAGACUGAACAGGCCCCAAGUGCUACCCAGCUUACCCUGCGGCGCAUGGCGAGGACGCGAAAGCUUGUUACCGUCUUGGGCCGUCUGCUGGCCACCAAAUCGGACGUUGUUACGCAGAUCAGGAAAAGACUUAUGAAGACAGCAGCCUCUGGUGAAGCAGCAAGCCCCCAGACUGCCGAUGAUCUGGAAAUUGCUAUCUACAUGGGAGAUGUGCAAGACCAUAUUUUAACCCUACAACACUCUCUGGCUCAUUAUGAACGCAUGCUCAGCCAGUCGCACCCUACCUACCUCGCUCAGCUGCGGUCAGCGUUUGAAAUGACCAAGGGGGGUACCGAUGUAAACCUGCUCUAUUUAACCAUCAUCAGUAUUUCGGUUCUGUGCCUGCAGACAUUAACUGGAUUAUUCUCUCUCAAUAUCAAUGUUCCCCAUAACGUCCGCGAACCAGAUGGUCUCUACGUCGUGUUCGGUGUGGUGCUGGCGUUGGCAACGAUCAUUAUGAGCAUAUAUCUUCAUGUUGUGCGACGCUGGUGGAAGAAGAUGAAACGACGACGAGGGCGUCCACUCUGA